AUGGCGGAGCAGAAACAUGCCCGCAGACGGACAAGCAGCAAUGCGGCCACGCUCCCCGUCAGAAACGGCCAGCAUGCGCGGAAGCAGUCCAAAGCAGCCGUACAGCCCAGGUCGGCACAUACCGCCGACGACUUUCUCCACGACUUUCUAGACGCCUCAUUUGAUCCCGCCGCCUACCUGAAUGCUACUUUGCCGCCUCUCGCCAGCAGGCAGGCGUCCUCCCAGCCGGCUGGUGCUGUGCCGCUCGCCGAGCUGUCCGCCCAAGCGCAGACCUUGCUAUCGCAGCUGAAUGCGCAGACUACCCGGCUGUCCAAUACGCUGACACAGCUGACGGAUGAUAUUUUGAGGAGCGGCAGCCGGCUGGCGUACGAGGUGGAGUUGCUGAGGGGCGAGACGCUGGGCCUGUCGGAAAUGUUGCACGAGACGCUCAAGGAGGACAUUGAGGUUUUCGUCCCGGGUGGUCUGCAGCCGAAUCACGAAACGAGGAAGGAGGCCACCAGGAGGGGUGAAGCCGACGAGGACAAGGACGGCGUUGAGGCGUCGCCGCCGCCGGCUGAUGCCGCCGCUGCCACCGGUGCCAACGACUCAUCUGACCCGGAAUACAUCAAACAGCUACAGACACUCACACUGGUCCGGUCACGCCUCGAAUCCGUCAUCCAGACCUUUGGCGACGCCAUGGACUUUACCUUCCCGCCGUCAGAAGUAUCCGUCAGCUCGGGGUUCCUGUCCGUCUCCGCGCCGGAACCCGGCUCCGAGCAGCAGAGCUCCGAGGAAAAGGGGCAGCAAGUACUACGGAAGCUGCGCGACGAGAUUGCGGGCUUUCUACAGCAGAGCGACGACCCCAUCCAGGGCAUUGAAAGGGCCGCCGCUAGGAUCGAGGAGCUCAAGGAGCUGAGUGUCGUGUGGAAAGGCACGGCGGAGGAAAAGGGCCGCAGCAAGUUUAUUGAGAGCCUGGCCAAGAUGGUCGAGGAUAGGCAUAGGGACUUGGUGAGGGAGAUGGACCAGGCGGCGAGGAGGGAGGGCCGGGCUGCGGGCUCACAAGGCAAGAAGCCUGGUGGCCAGGAGGGGGCUGGCGAGGAAUCCAAGGUUCCUGGCGGGUUUGGACUCAUUAGCCAGUUGCAGAAAUUGAGGAGCGGGCUGUAG